CUCUGUAGCUCCAAGUAUAAUACCACCAUUGCCCAUAACCCCCUUUUAGUUUCUCUCUCUUAUUCUGCAUUUUUUGUUCUGAUUCGGAAAUCUUUUCCUUUUUAUGGGUUUGUUUCUACCGUCAAAACCUCUCUCACCAUCUCUUUUGAGCUAGAUAGAUAGCAUAUAUUCAGUUUCUGUCUCUUUCUAAGCACUACUCUUUCACCAUUUCUAUCCUUCUAUCUCUAUAGCUUUUUCUUCCGAUUCCAUUCUUUGAGUUCUCAUCCUGCCUGCAAGAUGAAGAAAUUUAUCUUGAAUUUGGAGGUGCACGAUGUCAGAGACAAGCGCAAGGCCUUGAAGACGGUCUCUGCUCUUCCAGGAAUUGAUGAGAUCUCAAUGGAUAUGAAAGGUAAGAAAUUAACCAUCAUCGGGACGGUUGAUCCCGUGAGUGUAGUGAGCAAACUGAGGAAAUUUUGGCCAGCACACAUAAUCUCAGUAGGACCGGCAAAAGAGCCAGAGAAGAAGGAGGAACCAAAGAAAGAAGAAGGCAAGAAAGAAGAGGCUAAGAAGGAGGGCGAGGGCAAGAAAGAAGACGCUCCGAAGGAGGAAGGAAAGAAAGAGGAGGCUAAAAAGGAAGAAGAAGGUAAGAAGGACGAAAAUAAGAAAGACGAGCCCAAAAAGGAAGAAGAGAAGAAGGCAGAAGCACAACCACAGCCAAUGCCAAUGCCAAUACCAAUUCCGUUCCCACAACAACAAUAUCAUCCAGCUGUGGUUGGUAUGGUACCGCCCUAUCGACCAUAUUAUCCUCCUCCUCAUAUGCAGGCCAUGCCUUACAGGCCAUAUUAUCCUCCUCCCGCGCAAACAUACUACCAGGUUCACCACAGCAUGGAGGAGAAUCCUAAUGCAUGUGUUAUCUGUUGAAUUGGUUACAGAGAAUGGAAUCAUAUAUUAUAUAUAUACAUAGCUCGCCGUUCUUCUUGUUUUUAGUUGGUCUUGGGUUAUUCUAUUAGCAUGAAACCGAGACUAAUAUUCUGAGAACAGAGGAAAUCUAUUGUGAAUACACAAUGAUGCCAUAUUUGUCUUUUCAUAUUCAAGAAUUGUGUAUAGAGAAUUGAAUAAGAGUUUUGCUACCCCUUUUUGCUUAUUCUUACAGAGAAAUUCAGCUUGAUCUCA